AUGAGUGAUUUAUUUAUGCCUAAUAGAAGCGAGAUAUCUUAAUACCAUUAGAGCGGGGUGGGGAAUCUGUGUGACAAGUACACCUUUUUAUUAUUCAUAAGUCUAUACUCUAGUUUUGGACCAUAUGGAGGAGGAAGUCUUAUUCACAAUUCCGGGUUUCUAGUUUAACCAGAUUAAUAUUGUUCUUCCGUUGGUUUAGAGGAAAGUGCCACUCCUAUUUAAAUUUAUGAAUUCCAUGAACCUGAGAUUUAGAAGCCAAUCUUAUUUAGGAGCACCGGAGAGUUAGAAAUGCAGUCUGAAGAAUUUGGAAUUGACAGACUGAAUUUUUAAGUGAAAACACUUGAAGAUUUCAAAGAAUACAAAAAUCCAUUGCAAGACAGUGGCAUUAUGGCAAGUGAACCAUCUUUUUAGGAAUUCAAUAUAUAUACAAGUAAUUUUAUUAGUUAGCCUAUCUACUUUAGAAUCUGAAUAAUAAAUCAAUUCUCAAUUCAAGCCAGAUAUAACGCACAUUGCCAAUCAAAACAUUAUCUCGGAGAACAAAGGUCUUUUUAAUGUCAAUUAAGCAAAAAGUAUUUACAAAAAGAAAAUCACACAGUUGGCAGAACAAACAUAGAAAAAAAUUGAUUUAGCCAUUAAUACUUCAACAAGACUAACGUAAAUUUCAGAUUUUCUAUUCAAUUAGGAAGAACCAAAUUAAAUUGUCAAGAAAAUCAUCAAUUAUUCCUAACGAUCAAAUUGAUAUGUAAUCAUGUUAAAUGAGUGCCGAUGGAAAUAUGGAUUCAGUCCAACAGAAAUUAGCAAAGAAUAGAGAAUCCGCUAGAAAUUCAAGAGCCAGAAAGAAACUAUAUUAUGAACUCUUGGAAACUAAAGUCUAAGAAUUGCAAGAGGAAAUUUAAAGAUUAAAGGAAUUUAAUUAGGCAAAACUGUGCAAUAAAAUAGAGGAGAACGUAUAUUUAUAUUUAAAAUUUAGUUUUAAACUUUUUUAGAUUAAUAAUAAUAAUUAUUUGAUAAAUUAGAAACUUGCUUACUUAAGAAUAAAGAUAAUUUUGAAAUAGAAAUUAUCUUAGAUGCCCUAAGAUAUAGAACCAAUUCAAAUACUCAAGAACGUAAGGAUGCUGCUAGAUAAUACUGUGAAUCUAUGAUUGAAGCAUACCUACCAAUCUAAACUAAAUAUUUGAUAUACUCCUUAGAAAAUAAUAAAGAUUUCUUUGCAUUAUAACCGGAGUAAUUCUUACCAUUAUCAAUAGGGAUUAUACAGAUUGGAUGAAAGAGACCUUCAAAAAAUUGCAAAUUUAGCCUGAUUAAAUUAAAAAAGUUAGAAGAAUAAAAUCAAAAUUAUAGAGUGUCACAAAUAAUAUUUCUGAGUAUAAUUAUACAUUUAAAUUUAGUUCGAUAUAAAAAAUUCAGGAUCAAUUAAAUGUAAUUCAAAGUGAAGCCACUUAGGUUGACUUAAUGUGGGAAUAGCUUAAAGAACAUUUAACUCCUGUUCAACUAGGAAAAUGCAUAUUAACAAUAAAAUAGGUAAUUGAUUUUAUUUUAGUCUUAGAAUUCUAUUCGUUAAGAACUCCAAACCUCUUCCUUGUUUCUUUAAUUAAAGAAUCAUUAAUUGGUAUCUUAUAUCAAUAUAUCUUUAGAGAGAAGAGGAGAAAAUAAUUCAAAAGUAGGAUCAAUCUCCAAUUCCGAAUAAUAGGAAACGCAUUAAACAAACUAUUCAAUGA